CCGCUCUGCUCCGGUAGGUUUGAAGUGCUGCAGGAACGAGGAAAGGGCUGAGCCGCCACACGUCACGUCGCUCUGCACACAGCAGCUGGCAUCAGCGUCUCACGGUUCCUAAUUCUUUACCGCGAUGGAAACUGAAGAUGGCGACUACGAUGAGUUCGAUGAGGAUGAAGGUGUCGAGUACUAUGUGGAGAGCACAGAAGAGGUCGUGUAUGAAACGCACACCACGGGCAGCAAAGAGUCCACUCUGCCUUCGGGGAUGCCAAUCAGAAAGGUGAAGAAGAAGAAGAAGGUGGACAGUUCCAAGUUUAUGACACCAUACUUGGCCCACAGUCAGAAGAUGCAAGAACUCUUCAGCCAUAAUAAAUACAAGGAGUUAUAUGAACAAGAAAGAGGAAAGUCCUACGCGAUUACAACAGACACCCCGGAACUUCGCAGAAUCAAGAAGGCUCAACAACAGCUGAGUGAAGUCAAGUACCGAAUGGAAGGACAGAAAUCCCAGACUCAAAGCAAUUUUGAUGGAAAGGCACGGGAGAUCGAACACGUAAAAAAAGUGUCGCAGCUCAUCAGCAAGGUUCUUUACAAGUCCAAAUGGGAUGAGAUUAAGGACAGAUACCUGCUCCCCCCCGACGCUCCCGAGUUGGUGCAAGCAGUGAAAAAUGCUGCAAACUUCAGUAAGAAAUUGUACCGAGAGGCCUGGGACGAGGAUAAGACGAUGUACUACCCGUACAGUGACAGUCCAGAGCUGAGGCGAGUCGCCCAGGCUCAGAAGGCUCUCAGUGACAUUCAAUACAAGAAGGGUCACGAUGAGCGCAAAGCCAAGUACACCUCCCUGGCUGACCCGCCCGACGUCAUCCUUGCCAAGAAGGUCUUCACGCAGCUCAGUGACCUGAAUUACCACGAUGAAUAUAACAAGAAUAUAAAAGGAAAAUGGAGCCAAACCCCGUGCUACGAUGUUGCAGUUGCACGCAUGGUCUCGGACAACGUGAGCUCGAAAAAAUACCAAGCUGAUUACGAGGAUAUGAAGGACCAAAUUUACUUCAUGCAAACCGAAACCCCCGAGUAUGCAACCAAUAAGAAGGCCGGAAACGCUGCCAGUGCGGUGAAAUACAAGGAAGAAUUUCAAAAGACCAAAAAUGUUGCUGAUUACAACGUACUUCCUGCGACGGACAACCCCUUGCUGCGGCAGCUAAGAUACGCAGGGAAUAUUCUAAGUGACAAAGUUUAUAAGGACAACUAUGAAAAGUCGAGAGGAAAGAGCAUCAACUACUGCGACACGCCGAAGUUUAAACUGGACAACGUGAUGAAGAGCUUCACUGAUGUCAAAUACAAGGAAAAUUAUGACAACAAAAUAAAGGGGCACUACGUUGGCAGCUAUGAAGAUCCCUACAUGCUUCAUUGUAUGAAAGUUGAGGAAAUGAAGAACGAUAAAAACUAUAAAGCAGACUACGAGUGUGAUAAGACAAGAUGCUACUUUCCACAGACCAUUACUCCUGAGUAUGAAGCUAUGAAGAAGUCCUACUAUUGUAAAGACAAAACGUACAAGCAACACCCUGACACAGUUAAAUUCACGCAAGUCACAGACUCUCCCGUGUUAGUUCAAGCAGCCAUAAAUUCCAAACAACUCAGUGACUUGAACUACAAAGCAGAACACGAAUUGGACAAAGUCAAGUACACUCUGCCAGUCGACUACCCGUUUUUCAUCCAGUCCCGCGUCAACGCCUACAAUCUGAGCGAUAACUGUUACAAGUACGACUGGGAGAAAGAAAAAGCGAAGAAGUUUGAAAUAAAAGUGGACGCAAUUCCUCUUCUUGCCGCCCGUGCCCACAGCAACAUUGCCAGUGAUGUUAAGUAUAAACAGCAAUAUGAAAAAUCAAGAGGAAAGAUGGUGGGAGCUCUGAGUAUUCAAGAUGACCCCAAGAUUUUACAUUCAGUUCAUGUGGCAAAAAUUCAGAGCGAACGCGAGUAUAAGAAAGAUUACGAGAAACUCAAGACAAAAUACCACACUCCGCUGGACAUGGUCCUGGUUAGCUUGGCCAAAAAGUCCCAGGGCAUUGCCAGCAAUGUGGACUACAAGCAGCUGCAGCACCGUUACUUUUACCCCCCUGACAGCAUCGCUGUAAGCCUGGCAAAGAAAUCGUAUUCACUGCAAAGCGAGAAUGAAUAUCGAUCUGAUUACAACAGCUGGCAUAAGGGCAUCGGAUGGGUUCCUUUUGGUUCCAUGGAUGUGGAAAAAGCCAAGAAAGCAGGAGCCAUCUUGAAUGAGAAAAAGUACCGUCAGAAGCCGGACACUAUCCCCUUCACUCAGAUUGACAAUGAUCCCAUAUUAGUGCAAGCUAAGAUUAAUCAACAGCAAAGGAGUGAUCUGAACUACAAAAAGGAAGGGGAGAAGAUCAUUCACAAGUACUCCUUGCCUGCUGAUGUCCCUGAACUGAUUCAAGCUAAAGUCAAUGCGUACAACAUCAGCCCUAGCUACUAUAAGCAUGACUGGGAAAAGAGGAAGCGCAAAGGAUAUGACCUGAGGGUCGACGCUAUUCCAAUAAUCGCUGCCAAGGCCGCUCGCAAAGCUGCCAGUGAUUAUCAGUAUAAGAAGGAAUAUGAAAAACAGAGGGGACACCAUGUUGGCUUCCGCAGUCUGCAGGAUGACCCCAAACUUGUCCACUACAUGCAUGUGGCGAAGAUACAGUCCGACCGUGAAUACAAGAAGGAGUACGAGAAGUCAAAAACUAAGUACCACACUCCUCUGGACAUGUUUAAUGUGAUGGCUGCAAAGAAGUCCCAGGACAUUGCAAGCAACGUGGGAUAUAAGCAGCUCAUCCAUCAUUACACAAUGCUGCCCGACGCCAUGAAUAUAGAACUUUCCAAGAACAUGAUGAACAUUCAGAGUGAUAAUGCCUACAAAUCCGACUAUGACGGAUGGAUGAAAGGUACAGGCUGGAUUCCAAUUGGCUCUCUAGAUGUGGAGAAGGCAAAGAAGGCCGGAGAAGCCUUGAGUGAGAAAAAGUACCGACAGCACCCUGACACCAUCAAGUUCACCAGCGUGACAGACAACCCUGUGAUGGUCCAGGCUAAGCUGAAUGCCAAGCAGCUGAGCGACAGGGAAUACCGAUCAGGCGCUGAAGAGAUCAAACACACCUAUCAUCUCCCACCAGACGCCCCUACACUGCUGCAAGCCAAAUUCAAUGCCAUCAAUAUCAGCGAGAAUUAUUACAAAUACAACUGGAAAAAGACACUUCUCAAAGGUCACAAUCUGAAGGAAGAUGCCAUUCCUAUAAUUGCAGCCAAAGCCUCCAGAAACAUUGCCAGUGAUUACAAGUACAAACUGGCCUAUGAGAAGGCAAAAGGUAAGCAAGUUGGCUUCCGCAGCUUGCAGGACGACCCCAAGCUGGUGCAUUACAUGCAGGUUGCAAAGAUGCAGUCGGAACGCGAGUAUAAGAAGGAAUAUGAAAAGUCCAAGACAAAGUAUCACACUCCUCUGGACAUGUUCAGCAUCACAGCCGCCAAAAAAGCCCAAGAGGUGGCCACCAAUACCGGCUACAAGCAGCUGAUCCACCACUACUCUCUCCUUCCAGACGCCAUGAAUAUCGAGCUGAACAGAAACAUGAUGCACAUUCAGAGUGAUAAUGAAUAUAAAUCGGAUUAUAACAGCUGGUUCAAAGGUAUUGGCUGGAUCCCCAUUGGUUCAUUGGAUGUUGAGAAAGCUAAGAAAGCAGGAGAAGCUCUUAAUGAAAACAAAUACCGGCAGCAUCCGGACACAAUCAAAUUUACAAGUUUGCCAGACUCCAUGAAUAUGGUGCUCGCAAAAACCAACACCAAACAGCUUGAUGACAUUGCCUACAGAGCAUCUGGAGAGAAAGUGAAGCACAAGUACCACCUGCCGGCUGACAGUCCACAGUUCUUACAGGCUAAGAUCAACGCUUUAAAUAUAAGUGAGGCUCACUACAAAGAUAGCUGGAUCAAGCAUCUUGCAAAGGGGUACGACUUGAGACCAGAUGCCAUUCCUGUAGUUGCAGCUAAAGCUUCCAGGAACAUAGCCAGUGAUUACAAGUAUAAGUUGGCCUAUGAAAAAGCACGAGGCAAACACGUUGGCUUCCGAAGUCUGCAGGAUGAUCCCAAGCUGGUGCACUACAUGCGUGUAGCGAAGAUGCAGAGUGACAGAGAAUACAAGAAGGACUACGAGAAGUCCAAGACCAAGUACCACACACCAGCAGACAUGUUCAGCGUGAAUGCCGCCAAGCAAGCCAUGUCUGUCAUAAGCAACACCAACUACAAGCACCUGAUUCACCACUACUCCCUUCUUCCUGAUGCCAUGAAUGUUGAGCAGGCUCGGAAAAUGAUGCACAUUCAGAGUGAUAAUGAAUACAAGAGUGAUUAUAAUAGCUGGUUCAGAGGAAUUGGAUGGGUACCCAUUGGUUCCCUGGAAGUUGAAACUGCCAAAAAGGGCUCAGAGAUCAAGAGUGAGAAGAAGUACCGCCAGCCCCCAGAUACCUUCCAGUUUAAAAAACUAAUGGACUCCAUGGAUAUGGUUUUAGCUAAAUCCAAUGCUCAGACCAUGAAUCAGAAAGCUUACAAAGCUGCCUGGGAUGUUCAGAAGACCAAAAUCCAUUUAAUGCCUGAUAUUCCUGAAAUUGUUCUUUCCAAAGCCAACCAGAUUAACAUGAGUGAGAAAGCUUACAAGUUAGGUUGGGAAAACCUGAAAAAGAAAGGAUACGACCUGAAACCUGACGCCAUUUCGAUUAAGGCAGCAAAGGCUUCCAGAGAUAUUGCCAGCGAUUACAAAUACAAGUUGGCCUAUGAGAAGACCAGGGGCAAACAUGUCGGCUUCCGCAGCUUGCAGGAUGACCCUAAGCUGGUCCAUUACAUGAACGUUGCCAAAAUGCAGAGUGAGAGAGAAUACAAGAAGGACUAUGAGAAGUCCAAGAUCAAGUAUCACACGCCGAUUGACAUGUUCAGCGUGAUGGCGGCCAAGAAAGCUCAGGAGGUGGCCACCAAUACUGGCUACAAGCAGCUGAUUAGACAUUACGUUACUUUGCCUGAUUCUAUGAGUCUGCAACUGGCCAGAAAUAUGAUGCAGAUCCAAAGUGAUAAUCAAUACAAGAUGGAAUACACGGGCUUCAUGAAGGGUAUGGGAUGGGUUCCAAUUGGCUCUUUGGAAGUUGAGAAAAACAAAAAAGCAGGGGAGAUCCUGAGUGAAAAGAAGUAUCGCCAGCAUCCAGACACUGUUAAAUUCACCAGCGUGCCCGACUCCAUGGAAAAUGUCCUUGCCCAAGCCAAUGCCAAGAUCAUGAGUAAACACUUGUAUACUAAAGAUUGGGACACAAUGAAGACCAAAAUACAUGUCAUGCCAGAUACCCCGGAGAUCAUUCUUGCCAAGGCAAAUGCAAUCACCACAAGUGAGAAAAAAUACCGACUUGCUAUGGAAGAAUCUAAGAAGAAAGGCUAUGACCUAAGAGCCGAUGCUAUUUCAGUCAAAGCAGCUAAAGCUUCAAGGGACAUUGCCAGUGAUUACAAAUAUAAACUGGCCUAUGAAAAAGCACGAGGCAAACACGUUGGCUUCCGAAGUCUGCAGGAUGAUCCCAAGCUGGUGCACUACAUGCGUGUAGCGAAGAUGCAGAGUGACAGAGAAUACAAGAAGGACUACGAGAAGUCCAAGACCAAGUACCACACGCCAGCAGACAUGUUCAGCGUGAACGCUGCCAAGCAAGCCAUGUCGGUCAUAAGCAACACCAACUACAAGCACCUGAUUCACCACUACUCUCUGUUACCUGACGCCAUUAACGUUGAACUGGCUCGUAACAUGAGUUCAAUUCAAAGUGAUAAUAUGUAUAAAAGUGAUUAUAACAGCUGGUUCAAGGGAAUAGGAUGGGUGCCGAUUGGAGCUCUAGAAGUGGAGACGGCCAAAAAUGCCUCCAAAAUCAGGAGUGAGCACAAGUACAGGCAACACCCCAGCAACUUCAAGUUCUCGAGUCUGACUGACUCCAUGGACAUGGUCCUUGCAAAGACAAAUGCACAGAUUAUGAAUAAGCAUCGUUACAUUGAAGCCUGGGAGGCAGAGAAAGGAAAAAUUCAUGUCAUGCCCGACACUCCGGAAAUCCUUCAAGCCAAGCAAAAUAAAGUGACAUUCAGUGAGAAAAUGUACAAACAUGGAUGGGAGGAAGAGAAGAAGAAGGGCUAUGACCUAAGAGCAGAUGCCAUUUCAAUCAAAGCUGCUAAAUCCAGCCGGGACAUUGCUAGUGAUUAUAAAUACAAGGAAGGCUUCCGGAAGCAGACGGGACACCACAUCGGGGCCCGCAGCAUCAAGGAUGACCCCAAACUUCUUCUCGCCAUGCAUGCUGCCAAGAUUGCCAGCGACAUGGAAUACAAGAAGGACUUUGAGAAAGGGAAGACCAAGUUCAACAUGCCAGUGGACAUGCUGGGCUUUGUCCUGGCAAAGAAAUGCCAGACGCUGGUCAGUGACAUCGACUACAGAAACAUCUUACACCAGUGGACCUGCCUGCCGGAUCAGAACGAUGUUGUCCAUGCCAGGAAAGUCUAUGACUUGCAGAGCGAUGCGGCAUAUAAAGCAGACUUACAGUGGUUGAGGGGCAUUGGCUGGACUCCCAUUGGGUCUCUUGAUGUUGAAAAAGCCAAGAAAGCAAGUGAGAUUCUGAGUGAGCACAGGUAUCGCCAGCAUCCAAGCACAUGGAAAUACACAAGCACAAUGAAAGACAUGCCUAUGGUCCUUGCUAAGGCCAAUGCACACACAAUGAACCAGAAUUUAUAUAAACAAGCCUGGGAAAACGAGAAGAGUCAGAUCCACAUCAUGCCAGAUACUCCUGAAAUCAUUUUGGCCAAAUCUAACCUGAUCAACACAAGUGAGAAAUUGUAUAAAAUGGGCUAUGAGGAACUAAAGAAGAAGGGCUAUGACCUGAGAGCUGAUGCAAUUUCAGUGAAGGCUGCAAAGGCAUCAAGAGACAUCGCUAGUGAUUACAAAUACAAAGAAGGGUUCCGCAAACAAACCGGCCACCACAUCGGUGCUCGCAGUAUCAAGGAUGACCCCAAACUUCUACUGGCCAUGCAUGCAGCUAAAAUUGCCAGUGACAUGGAGUACAAGAAGGACUUUGAGAAGGGGAAGACCAGGUUCAACAUGCCAGUGGACAUGCUGGGUUUUGUUCUUGCCAAGAAAUGCCAGACGUUGGUCAGCGACAUUGACUAUAGGAAUAUCAUACACCAGUGGACCUGCCUGCCAGACCAGAACGAUGUUGUCCAUGCCAGGAAAGUCUACGACUUGCAGAGCGAUGUUUCCUAUAAAGCUGACUUGCAGUGGCUGAGGGGUAUUGGAUGGACUCCCAUCGGGUCAUUUGAUGUUGAAAAAUCCAAGAAAGCCAGUGAGAUCCUGAGUGAGCACAAGUACCGUCAGCAUCCAAGCAGCUGGAAAUUUACAAGCAAAACAGACGCCAUGCCCAUGGUCUUGGCGAGAAAUAAUGCCCUCACAGUAAACAAGAAUCUGUACACUAAAGAUUGGGAGAAAUUGAAGACUCAAAUCCAUAUGAUGCCAGAUACCCCAGAAAUCGAACUGGCCCGGCAGAACAAACUAAAUUACAGUGAGAAACAAUACAGGCUCGCAAUGGAGGAAGCCAAGAAGAAGGGGUAUGACUUGCGCGCUGAUGCCAUCUCCAUCAAAGCUGCCAAGGCCUCUAGGGAUAUUGCUAGUGACUAUAAAUAUAAGGAAGGCUUCCGCAAACAAACUGGACACCACAUCGGUGCCCGCAGCAUCAAGGAUGACCCCAAACUUCUUCUCGCCAUGCACGCUGCAAAGAUUGCCAGUGACAUGGAGUACAAGAAAGACUUUGAAAAGGGGAAAACCAAGUUCAACAUGCCAGUGGACAUGCUGGGCUUUGUCUUGGCAAAGAAAUGCCAGACACUGGUCAGCGACAUCGACUACAGAAACAUCUUACACCAGUGGACCUGCCUGCCGGAUCAGAAUGAUGUGAUCCAGGCCAGGAAGGCUUAUGAUCUACAAAGUGAUAAUUUUUAUAAAGCAGAUCUGCAGUGGCUGAAGGGUAUUGGUUGGUCUCCAAUUGGGUCACUUGAUGUUGAAAAGUCCAAGAAAGCCAGUGAGAUCCUGAGUGAGCACAAGUACCGUCAGCAUCCAAGCAGGUGGAAAUUUACAAGCAAAACUGAUGCUAUACCCCUAGUACUGGCAAAGAACAACGCCCUCACAGUCAAUAAGCACUUGUAUACUGAGGCUUGGGAAAAGGAAAAGACAAAGAUUCACAUGAUGCCAGAUACAUUAGAGAUCAAUCUGUCUCGACAAAACAGAGUAAACUACAGUGAGAAAUUGUAUAAGCUCGCAAUGGAAGAAUCCAAAAAGAAGGGCUACGACUUGCGUGCUGAUGCCAUUUCAAUUAAAGCUGCAAGAGCCUCAAGAGACAUUGCUAGUGAUUACAAAUAUAAGGAAGGUUUCCGUAAGCAAACAGGACAUCACAUUGGUGCCCGCAGCAUCAAGGAUGACCCCAAACUUCUUCUCGCCAUGCACGCUGCCAAGAUUGCCAGCGACAUGGAAUACAAGAAAGAUUUUGAGAAAGGCAAGACCAAGUUCAACAUGCCAGUGGACAUGCUGGGCUUUGUCUUGGCAAAGAAAUGCCAGACGUUGGUCAGCGACAUCGACUACAGAAACAUCUUACAUCAGUGGACCUGCCUGCCGGACCAGAACGAUGUGAUCCAGGCCAGAAAGGCUUAUGAACUUCAAAGUGAUGCCGUGUAUAAGGCUGACAUGGAAUGGCUAAAAGGCAUUGGUUGGACUCCUAUUGGCUCGCUUGAAGUGGAAAAAGCCAAGAAGGCUUCAGAAAUCCUGAGUGAAAAUAAGUACCGUCAGCACCCAAGCACUGUCAAAUUUACAAGCAUCCCUGACUCCAUGGAAAUUGUUCUGGCAAAGAGCAAUGCAAAAAAUAUGAACAUGCGCCUGUACACAGAGGCUUGGGACAAUGACAAGAGGACCAUCCAUGUGAUGCCCGAUACCCCUGAAAUUGUACUUGCUAAGCAGAACAAAGUUAACAUGAGUGAGAAACUUUACAAGCUUGCAAUGGAAGAAUCCAAGAAAAAAGGGUAUGACAUGCGAGCUGACGCCAUCUCAAUCAAGGCGGCCAAGCGCUCCAGGGACAUUAUCAGUGACUAUAAAUACAAGGAAGGCUUCCGUAAGCAGACGGGACACCACAUCGGUGCCCGCAGCGUCAAGGAUGACCCCAAACUUCUUCUUGCCAUGCAUGCUGCCAAGAUUGCCAGCGACAUGGAAUACAAGAAGGACUUUGAGAAAGGCAAGACCAAGUUCAACAUGCCAGUGGACAUGCUGGGGUUCGUCUUGGCAAAGAAAUGCCAGACGCUUGUCAGCGACAUCGACUACAGAAACAUCUUACACCAGUGGACCUGCCUGCCGGAUCAGAAUGAUGUCAUUCAGGCCAAGAAGGCUUAUGAACUUCAAAGUGAUUCUGUGUAUAAAGCUGACAUGGAGUGGCUGAAAGGAAUCGGAUGGGUGCCAAUUGGUUCACUGGAUGUAUUAAAGGUGAAAAAGGCUGGUGAAAUUCUGAGUGAGCACAAGUACCGUCAGCGCCCAGAAAAGUUCAAGUUCACCAGUCCUUCUGACUCGAUGCCUUUGGUUCUUGCUAAAGUCUGCGCCAAAAACAUCAGCGAUCGCUUGUACAGAGACGCUUGGGAUAAAGAGAAGAGGACGAUCCACGUGAUGCCUGACACACCAGAGAUCAUUCUGGCAAAGUCAAAUGCAGUCAAUGUCAGCCAGAAACUUUAUCGACAAGGUUGGGAAGAAGCUGUUAAGAAGGGCUAUGAUCUGAGAGCAGAUGCAAUUGCAAUUAAAGCUGCUAAAGCAUCCAGAGAUAUUGCAAGUGAUUACAAAUACAAAGAAGGCUUCCGUAAGCAAACGGGACACCACAUUGGUGCCCGUAGCAUCAAGGAUGACCCCAAAGUUCUCUUGGCUAUGCAUGCUGCCAAGAUUGCCAGCGACAUGGAAUACAAGAAGGACUUUGAGAAAGGCAAGACCAAGUUCAACAUGCCAGUGGACAUGCUGGGGUUCGUCUUGGCAAAGAAAUGCCAGACGCUGGUCAGCGACAUCGACUACAGAAACAUCUUACACCAGUGGACCUGCCUGCCGGAUCAGAAUGAUGUCAUUCAGGCCAAGAAGGCUUAUGAACUUCAAAGUGAUGCUGUGUAUAAGGCUGAUCUUGAAUGGCUGAAGGGCAUUGGCUGGACACCCAUUGGCUCGUUUGAUGUAGAGAAGGCCAAAAAAGCUGCAGACAUUCUGAGUGAUAGGAAGUACCGACAGCAUCCAAGCAGAGCUAAAUUCACUAGUGUGCCAGAUUCAAUGGAGAUUGUCUUGGCAAAGAGCAACGCUCAGAUUAUGAAUAAGCGCCUGUACACAGGGGCCUGGGAUAUUGAUAAGAGGACCAUUCAUGUCAUGCCCGAUACUCCUGAGAUUGUACUGGCCAAGCAGAACAAGGUCAACAUGAGUGAGAAACUGUAUAAACAAGCAAUGGAAGAUUCCAAGAAGAAGGGAUAUGAUCUGCGACCUGAUGCCAUCUCAAUUAAAGCUGCUAAAACCUCCAGAGAUAUUGCUAGCGAUUUUAAAUACAAGCAAGGUUACCGCAAGCAGCAAGGACACCAUAUUGGAUUCCUCAGUGUUAAGGAUGACCCCAGGCUUGUCCUGGCCAUGCAUGCUGCCAAGAUCUCCAGUGAAAUUGAAUACAAGAAGGACUUUGAGAAGGGCAAGACCAAGUUUAACAUGCCAGUGGACAUGCUGGGCUUUGUCCUGGCAAAGAAAUGCCAGACACUAGUCAGCGACAUCGACUACAGAAACAUCUUACACCAGUGGACCUGCCUGCCAGAUCAGAACGAUGUGAUCCAAGCUAAAAAAGCUUAUGAACUGCAGAGUGAUUGGGUGUACAAGUGUGAUCUAGAAUGGAUUCGCGGCUGCGGCUGGAUGCCCAACGAGUCCCUGGAUGUCAAGAAAACCAAGAAAGCUCAAGAAAUAAUAAGUGAAAGAAAUUACCGCCAACCUCCAAGCUCUAUGAAGUUCACCAGUGUGGUUGACUCUCCAGCUGUUGUCCUGGCCAAAGCCAAUGCCAACCUUCUCAGUGAUAUGAAAUACAGAGAAGCCUGGGAUAAAGAUAAGACCACCAUCCAUGUGAUGCCCGACACUCCAGCUAUUGUCCUGUCUAGAGCAAAUGCAAUUGCAGUCAGUGAGAAAGAAUACAGCAAGGCCUGGGAUCAACAGAAGGCUAAAGCCUAUAACAUUAAAGAAGAUGCUUUGUCAGUCAUUAAGGCUAAAGCGUCACGAGAUAUAGCUAGUGAUUACAAGUACAAGCAAGCAUAUGAGAAACAGAGAGGCCACCAUAUUGGUGCCCGCAGUGUUGGUGAUGACCCCAGACUUGUUCUUGCCAUGCAUGCUGGCAAGAUCGCCAGUGACAUUGAGUACAAGAAGGACUUUGAGAAGGGGAAGACCAAGUUCAACAUGCCAGUGGACAUGCUUGGCUUUGUCUUGGCAAAGAAAUGCCAGACGCUGGUCAGUGACAUCGACUAUAAGAAUAUUUUACACCAGUGGACCUGCCUGCCGGAUCAGAAUGAUGUGAUUCAGGCCAAGAAGGCAUAUGAGCUGCAGAGUGAUGCUGUUUAUAAAUCUGAUUUAGAGUGGUUGCGUGGAGUUGGUUGGAUGCCAAAUGAGUCCUUGGAGGUUAACAAAGUGAAGCAUGCUCAGAAGAUUAUCAGCGACACAAACUAUCGCACUAAACUGGACACCCUGAAGUUUACUCCUGUGACUGACAGAGUUGACUACGUCACAGCUAAACAGGCAGCUGACAUUCUCAAUGAUACUAAGUAUCGUGAAGCAUGGAACAGUGUGAAGACAAAGUUCACUCUUGUUGACACUCCUCAGCUCCAAGCAGCAAAGGAGGCAGCUAAGCACAUCAACCAGAAACUGUACACGAAAGAAUGGGACAAAACCAAAGCUACAAGCUACUUUAUGCCAGCCGAUACAGUAGCCAUCCAGCAAGCCAAGAAAACUCAGUUCAUACAGAGUGAUAAUAAAUACAAAGCAGAUUACUUUAAGCAGAGAGGCCACCAUGUGGGAUGCCGAAGCAUUCAAGAUGACCCCAAGCUGGUGUGGUCCAUGCAUGUGGCCAAGAUCCAAAGUGAUCAAGAAUACAAGAAGAACUUUGACAAAUCCAAGACCAAAUUCAACCUGCCAGUAGAUAUGUUAGCCUUUGUCUUAGCUAAGAAGUGCCAAAUCCAAGUCAGUCAUAUCGACUACAAGAACAUCUUGCACCAGUGGACCUGUCUGCCUGACCAGAAUGACGUCAUUCAGGCGAAGAAAGCUUAUGAUCUACAGAGUGAUUUUGUCUACAAAUGUGACAUGGAAUGGAUUCGUGGCUGUGGAUGGAUUCCUUUGGAUUCUGUUGAACAUCAAAAAGUGAAGAAGGCCCAAGAGAUCCUGAAUGAUAGACACUAUAAGAAGGAUGCAAAAGAGGGCUUUGCCAAAUUCACCAGUGUGGUUGACCUUCCAGAAAUUGUCCUUGCCAAGAUGAACAGUGCAAAUCUAAGCGAUCUGAAAUACAAAGAAAGUUUCAAUCUGGAGAAGGGUCACUAUAUUGGAGCAUCAGACACUCCGCUGUUGGCUCAUUCAAGAGAAGCAGCCAAGAUUCUGAGCGAGAAACUAUAUACAGACAACUGGAACAGCAACAAAGCAAUAGGCUAUCAUCUCGAUGAAAAAUACCUGCCAAUUGUGGGAGCAAAGCACACACACAUGGCUGUCAGUGAUGUGAGGUAUAAAGAUGCCCACGAGAAAGCUAAAGGUCACUACUUGGCUGGUAAAGACAUCAGUGAAUUCCCCAGUGUUGUUCGAUCUCUUGCCGUCGAGAAGAUGAAAAGUUUGAUGGCUUAUAGGAAAGGCUAUGAAGACACCAAGACGAAGAUUCACAUACCAUUUGACAUGCUGAGCCAUGUCAUGGCCAAGAAAUGUCAACAUAUUCUGAGUGAGAUCGAGUACCGGACCUAUCUGCAUCAGUGGACCUGCCUUCCCGACCAGCAUGAUGUCAUUCAUGCUAGAAAAGCCAAUGAGCUCUUGAGUGACGUUUUCUACAAAGAAGAUAUGACAUGGCUGAAGGGAAUUGGAUGCUACGUCUGGGAUACUCCUGAGAUCCUCCGCGCAAAGAAAUCCUACGAUCUGCAGAGUGAAAGUAAAUAUAGAGCUGCUGGAAAAGAGAACUUCAGCAAAUAUUCUGUUGUUACUGAUACUCCAGUGUACGUGACAGCAGUGACUGGAUACCAACACGCCAGUGAAUUAAAAUACAGGGAGGCUUAUCACAAGGACAAGGAAAAAUACACCACUGUUCUGGAGACCUUGGAUUAUCACCGUGCGCAGAACCUCAAGACUAUUUAUAGCAAUAAACUCUACACGGAAGCAUGGGACAAAAUAAAGGCCACAAGUUACAAAGUGCCCUCUGACUCCUUCUCUUUGGCCCUUGCUAAGCAACAGAAGAACAUUAUCAGUGCUCUCAAGUACAGAGAAGAUUAUGAGAAAUUCAAAGCUCUCUACACCUUGCCCAGAUCAGUGGAUGAUGAUCCUUCUACUGCGAGAUGCCUUAGAGUUGGAAAGCUGCGCAAUGACCGCUUGUACAAGGAGAAUUAUGAAAAGACAAAAGCAAAAAUUCACAUUCUUCCGGACAUGUUAGAGAUUGUUGCUGCUAAGAAUACCCAGAAGGUGGUCAGUUAUAUUGAUUAUCGCAAGUAUCUUCAUGAAUGGAUCUGCCUUCCUGACUUGAAGCUCUAUGUGCACGCAAGAAAGGUCAAUGAGCAGCUCAGCGAUAUAUUUUACAAAGAUGAUUUCAACUGGAUGAAGGGUAUCGGUUGCUACGCUUGGGACACCCCUGAAAUCCUGCGGGCUAAGAAUGCCUACAAUCUCCAGAGCAGUAUUAAUUACAAAGCUAAAGCAGAAGAAGCCAAGAAAAACUUUUCUGUGGUGACAGACACUCCUACCUACGUCCAAGCUGUGAUCAGCGCCAACCAGCUGAGCGAUAUUGUAUACCGCAAUGACUAUGUGAAGAAUGUCAAAGGCACGAUGACUUCACCAGCCACCACCAUAGACCUGGAGAGAGCCCGAGAAGCUAACAAGAUUCAGAGUGACAACCUUUACAAAGAAGCGAGCCACACUUUUAUGCCUACUGGAUACACUCUGCCUUAUGAUACGCCACUUAACAAGCAUGCAAAGAACAACAGCACUAUCCGUAGUGACCUUAAGUACAAAGAGGCCUAUGAACACAUGAAGGCAAAGGGGUACACUCUUCUGGCGGACAGUGUGGGUUUUGUCAACAUAAAGAAGAUCAACAAAAUCAUCAAUGAGCGGCAGUACCGCCAUCUGUACCAUAGCCAGAAAGAUAAGAUCCACACAACCUACGACACCCCUGAAAUCAAACAGGUCAAAGCCACCCAAGAGGCCAUCAGUGAUCUAUGCUACAAGGCCCAUUACAACAACAUGAAGGGACAUCUGAUUUCUAUGCCAAUGACUCCUGGUUUGAUGCAUUGCCGUUAUGUUAAUGAUAUCACCAGUGAUAUAAAAUAUAAGGAGGAUCUCCAGUGGCUGAAGGGCAUGGGAUGUUUCUUGUAUGAUACACCAGAUAUGGUCCGUGCCAGGGCAACUGCCAAACUCUGGUCUGGAUAUACCACAGCCGCUAAGAAGAUGCACGAAAAGGUCUCUGUUGUCUUGGAUACUCCUGAGUACAGGACCAUAUCAGAGCUCAAAUCCCAUUUAAGUAACUUGGUUUACAGAGCUGUUGGCAAUGAAGCGAAGACUAAAUACACUCCAGUUGCUGACAGCAUUGACAUUCUGAGAGCCAAACAUGGCCAGCAGAUCCAGAGCCAAUACCUGUACACUGAAAUGGCUACGAAGGAGAGGCCCCACUACACUCCAGAGUUUCAGACACCAACUCUGAAGCAUGCCAGGGAAAUGAAAGUGAUCACCAGCGAGAAAAAAUACAAGGAGCAGUAUGAAAAGAUGAAGAGCAAAUAUACACCUAUAGCCGACACACCUGGCCUGAUCAUUGCAAAGAAAGUUUACUUCAAUGCUAGCGAUUUACGCUACAAGGAAGCAUUUGAGCAGGCAAAGGGCCACUACCGCACGGUGAAGGACGCCCUGGACAUUACUUACCAUCGCAAGGUUACAGAUGAUAUCAGCAGUGUGAAAUACAAAGAGAAGUACGUCAGCCAGCUGGGCUUGUGGAGGUCCAUUCCUGAUCGCCCAGAGCAUUUCCAUCAUCGCAUGGUCAGCGAUGCUGUCAGUGACGUGAAAUACAAGGAUGAUCUGUCCUGGCUGAAGGGUAUCGGCUGCUAUGUCUGGGACACUCCUGACCUGGUUCUGGCGGGACAGAAUAAGAAUCUUUACAGCAUGUACAAGUACCGAGUCUCCUUUGAGAAGAACAGAGACAAGUUCAAAUACACAGUGGACACUCCGUUCUUCCACACAGCCAAAGAGGCAGCAAAGCUGGUUAAUGAGAAGCUGUACAAAGCUCAAUAUGAGAAGACCAAGGAUAAGUACACCAGUGUUGUUGAUGAUCCUAGAAACAUCCUGGCCAAACAUGCUAACGAGCUGCUGAGUCAGUGGAAGUACAAGCAAGCAUAUGAGAAGGGAAAGGACAAAUAUACUUCAGUGCUGGACACGCCAGAGCACACACGUACUCAGAAAGUUGGCAAGAACAUCAGUGACAUCAUUUACAAGAUGGAAUAUCACAAGAACAAAGCGAAAGGCUACACACUUGGGCACGACACCCCGGUGCUUCAGCAUAUGAAGAAAGUGAAGGACCGACUGAGCCAAUUGAAGUACAAGGAGGAAUAUGAAAAGAAUAAGGCCCACAUUAACAUUGCUCCAGAUGCUGUAGAGAUCAAGGCUGCCAAAGACGCAUACAAGCAUAUUAGCAAUCUCGACUAUAAGAAGAAGUACGAAGCGACCAAAGCCAAGUGGCUGUUCACCGCUGACAGGCCCGACUUUGUUCAUGCUUACAAGACGUCCUUACAGCAGAGUGAUGUUGAAUAUAAAUAUGACAGGGAGUCCCUGAAAGGCUGCAAGCUGUCUGUGACUGACGACAAGAACACAGUCCUGGCUUUAAAGAAUAAUGAGAUGGCUAGUGAAGUGAAAUACAAGCAAAAGUAUGAACGGUCAAAGGGCACAUACAUAGCUGUGCCGGACACCCCUCAGAUCAUCCACGCAAAGUCCAUUGGCCCCCUCGUGUCAGAGAAUAAGUACAAGCAAGCCAGCAAGAGGGAACUCUCCCACGGCUCCUUCACAACUAUGCCAGAAACCCGUGACACAGUUCAUGUCAAGGAGGUCUCUCAUAUCCUUAGCAAGAAACAAUACAGUCAGAAGUUUGAGAAAGAGAAAGGCAAAUCCAACUAUUCUUUGAUGGUGGCACCUCCUGACAUUACUCACGCUAUGGAGGUGGCAAAGAAUCAAAGUAAUAUUGCCUAUAAGCAAGAGGCCAAGGCCAAACUGCAGUACACCCCAGUGGCAGACCGACCCGACAUCAGGAAGGCUACGCAGGCUGCAAAACUAAUCAGUGAUAUUGAGUACAGAGCCAAAGCUCGUAAAGAAGUCACCCGUGGGGGCAGCCUGAUUAACCGCCCUGAUAUUGAGCUUGCUAAAGAGGUGUCCAAGCUUACAAGUCAGGUGAAGUACAAGGAAAAGUUUGACAAGGAGAUAAAAGGAAAGCGACCACAGUUUGACUUAAAGGAGAGUAAGGUGUACCAGACGCUGAAGGACGCAAACACUCUUGCAAGUGAAGUUAAAUACAAAGUAGACCUGAAGAAGAUUCACAAGCCUGUGACGGACAUGUCGGAGUCGCUUGCCAUGCAGCAUGGCCUAACCACCAGCAAGCUUGCGAGUGAUUAUCGGUAUAAGAAGAAGUUUGAGGAGAGUAAAGGUCACUACCACUUGGUACCCGACAGUCCUGAACAGAUUCAUCUUAAGGAGGCUUCAGAGCUCCAGAGUCAAGUGAAGUACAAGGAGAAGUAUGAGAAGGAAAGAGGAAAGCCCAUGUUUGACUUUGAGACCCCGACCUAUGUCACAGCUAAAGAGGCGCAGCACCCUGCAGAGCGAGAGAAUGGGAAAACGUAUAGGAAGGACUUGGAAGAGUCCAUUAAAGGCAGAAACCUGUCAGGUUUGGAGGUCACACCUGCACUGUUACAUGUCAGAUAUGCCACCAAAAUAGCAUGUGAGAAAGAGUACAGGAAGGAUCUAGAGGAAGGCAUCAAGGGUAAAGGGUUAACAGUGCUGGAGGAAACUCCUGAGCUUCUGAGGGCAAAGAAUGCUACUCAGAUCUUAAAUGAGAGGGAGUACAAAAAGUCUUUGGAGCAGGAGGUCAAAGGGAAAGGUAUGCUAGCAUUAGCCACGGACACACCUGACUUCAUGAGAGCGAGGAACGCCACAGACAUUCUGAGCCAGACCAAAUAUAAGCAGUCUGCCGAGAUGGACCGGGCCAGUUACACCACUGUAACGGACACCCCUGAAAUCAUCCACGCUCAGCAAGUCAAGAAUAUUGUAAGCCAGAAAAAAUAUAAAGAAGAAGCAGAACGAACCAUGUCUCACUAUGUCCCUGUGCUGGAUACUCCUGAGAUGCAGAGAGUGCGUGAAAAUCAGAAGAACUUUAGCACACAACAGUACCAGGCUGACCUUAAAAACAUUAAAGGGAAAGUAUCAGUGGUUAAUGACACGCCCGAAAUUCUGCGUGUAAAAGAAAACCAAAAGAAUUUCAGCUCGAUAUUAUACAAAGAGGAGUUGGGAAGAGGAACUUCGAUUAAAGAAACUCCAGAGAUGGAAAGGGUUAAGAGGACUCAGCAGGCGAUCAGCACGAUUCAAUACAAGGAACCCAUUGGGACAGGAACAGCAAUCCCUGAUCUGCCUGAGGUGAAGCGUGUCAAGGAAACGCAGAAGAACAUCAGUUUGGUUUCUUAUAAGGAAAAUCUGGGACAAGGAACUGCAAUAACUUGCACUCCAGAGAUGGAGAGAGUCAGACGCAAUCAAGAGAACAUUAGCUCGGUUUUGUAUAAAGAAAAUCUCGGACAAGGAACCGCAAUAACGUGUACUCCAGAGAUGGAGAGAGCCAAGCGCAAUCAAGAACACAUUAGCUCGGUUUUGUACAAAGACAACUUAAGCACGGGGACCUCGGUGCCCUUAACUCCAGAGAUGGAGAGAGUCAAGCGCAAUCAAGAACACAUUAGCUCGGUUUCAUAUAAAGAAAAUCUGGGCCAUGGAACCCCAGUGCCCUGCACUCCAGAUAUGGAGAGAGCCCGACGCAACCAAGAGAAUAUCAGCUCGGUUCUGUAUAAAGAGAAUCUGGGGAAGGGAACGCCGGUGCCCUUGACUCCAGAGAUGGAGAGAGUCAAGCGCAAUCAAGAACAUAUCAGCUCGGUCUUGUACUCGGACAGUUUCCGCAAGCAGGUGCAGGGCAAAGCCGCGUUUGUGUUGGACACCCCUGAGAUGCGGCGCGUCAAGCAGACUCAGCGCAUCAUUUCAACUGUGAGAUACCACGAGGACUUUGAGAAGAGCAAAGGGGCCUUCACGCCAGUAGUCACUGACCCCAUCACCGAACGGGUCAAGAAGAACAUGCAGGACUUCAGUGACAUCAGCUACAGAGGAAUCCAAAGGCGCGUGGUGGAAAUGGAGAGACGAAGAGCGGCCGAACACGACCAGGAGACCAUAACAGAUCUACGGGUCUGGCGCACCAACCCUGGUUCAGUCUUUGAUUACGACCCUGCUGAGGACAACAUCCAGUCGAGAAGUCUGCAUAUGCUCUCCGUCCAAGCCCAGCGCCGCAGCAGGGAGCACUCCCGCUCCGCCAGUGCCCUGAGCCUCAGCGCCGGAGACGAGAAGUCCGAGACAUCGGAAACCGCCGACCACCAUCUGUCCUUGUACAGCAACGGGGGCUUCUUCACCACCACAGUCGUGGGUUAUCAGCAGGCCAAAACUACAGAACUACCUCAGCAGAGAUCUUCCAGUGUGGCCACCCAGCAAACCACCGUGUCUUCUGUCCCAUCUCAUCCAUCAACAGCCGGAAGGUCCUUCCGGGCCAUGUAUGACUACAUAGGAGCAGAUGGUGACGAGGUCUCCUUCAAAGACGGCGACAUCAUCAUGAACGUUCAGUCCAUCGACGAAGGCUGGAUGUAUGGAACCGUGCAGAGGACCGGAAAGACUGGCAUGCUGCCCGCCAACUACAUGGAGGCCAUUUAAAUCAGAAGACGUAAUGGACAUAAGCCACAUCCACCGCACCUCCCGGCCACUUUAGAUCAACGCCACUCAGCUGCCAGCCCGAAGCCUGUCCUCGGUGCCCGCCAGUGGCUGUGGCUUAUGAGCUCCAUUGUCACGUACUCCUCAGCACAGGACACUUUCUACCUUCAUGACGACGUAACCGGAUGGACGCUUUCACUUCCCGUCUCGAGCUUCUCCUCGUGUCUUUCUGUAGGAAGGCGAGGGAGUUUGGGCGCAGGAGGCCGCCUUCCUACUUGGAUCCAAGAUGGCGAUGGAGGGCCACUUGCUUCUCUCGUGUGAAUGCGGUGGAAUCUCCAAGCCAUCCAUUGUUCAUUUCUUUACGAGAUCGUGUAAAAAUAAAAAUGAAAAAAACAAAAAACAGGCAACUAGCAGAAGAUGAGAAGAACGCGAGCCACCGCAGGGCCGAGGAAAGCCGAAGGUCAAACCAGCCUGCAAGUUAAGAGAAGUUCACCCUCCUCUGCCCGCUGAAGGCCGCUGACCACCUGCUGCAUGUGUGUGUUGUAACUCGGGGGUCUACCAUGUAACCGAGGGGCUAAUAAAGCGCCGUAUGUUUCUGCAGUA